CCAGCCCCGAAUCUGGAAGAGAACUGGACGCAGACUGGACGCCUCCACGCAUCUCUCUUCUCUGGCACUCUCCUCACAGUCGUCGCGCUUGACGAGCCCUGUGAGUCACCAUCAUUUGUGGCUCAGGCAACCCCGAUUUGCCAUCUCAGCCCGACGUAGCGGCCGUGCCUACGAAAAGGAAGCGUGGUCCCUCCAACUUGUCUCAGUCUACCAAGGGUAAGACGAGCCGCUCAAGAUCUCGUGCUCGAAAGCCGCUGCCGAAGCCACGCUCGAGCCGCAUGACGGCUCAACCUCAAGUCCGCGAGCCUACAUCCCUACCGGGGCGACGGGUACUCCCAUCAUAUCGUCGUGGACCGAAGGAAGAGACGGAGCACCCUCCCGCGGUUCAUCCAGAGUCUUGCCACUCGCAUCACGAUCACAACGCAGAUUCCAGCCACGAUGAGGACCCCACAGGCAGCGAUCAUGACGAACCUGCCGCGAUUGAUACGGACGGCGAGUUCGAAGUCUGCCGCGAAUACCAUGAUAAUGACAGCGGAUCUAACGAAGAUGCAGACGGUGAGUACGAGGUGGAUGAAGACUACGACGAUGAAGAUUAUGACCGCCCAGCGAAGAGGUCCCGCACAAGCAGCAGCUCAGUGACUGGACGUGCACUCUCCGAAUGCAAGCGCUGUCGGAAGACCUUCGUACGCCCAGGAGACCUGAGAAGGCACGCGGAUACUUCGGCAUGCAUGAAUGGCGAGAAGAAGCAUCUCUGCACCAACUGCGGAAAGAGAUUAUCUCGUCACGAUGCUCUUCUACGGCAUCACCGGAAGUGCCGUCCGAGACCACCAGUGGAUCUAGAAGAAGCGCUUCCAGGAGGGAGCGUCCGACGAGCAGCUCUAGGUCGCCCGCGACGUCGUCCUGCCUGAGAACCCUAUUGCGAGAUUCUGGUUCUCUCUCUUCCACACGGACAUAGUCUAUACGUAUACUCAUGUAGUGUUGAUGUUUUUUACAAACGAGCAUAUAAGUUGGACUCAGGGU